ACGGGGAACUGGCAGGAGGAGGCCCCCGCACCCCGCAGCCAUCUAACCGCUGUGGGCCAGUCCUCAGCGGGAUGGCGGAUUCUGAGAAAACCUGUUUAUUUUUGCCGCCUUCUCCCCCUUGUUUGGAGAUAUUUCAGCUUUCCAGAGUAUUGGAUCUUCCACCAGAAAACUUGAUCAAGUCAAUAUCUGCUGUUCCAAUUUCCAGAAAAGAAGAAAUAGCUGAUUUUCAGCUUUCUGUGAAUUCUCUGUUGGAGAACAAUGACCAUUCAAGACCAGAUAUUCAUGUUCAAGCUACAAGACUGGCAGAAAAGCUAAAAUGUGACACAGUGGUGAGUGAAAUCAGCACUGGUCAAGGGACUAUAAAUUUCAAAAUAAAUAGAGAACUAUUAACAAAGACAGUGCUAAAUCAAGUAAUCGAAGAUGGCUCAAAAUAUGGAUUGAAAAGUGAGCUUUUCUCUGGUCUUCCCCAGAAGAAGAUUGUGGUUGAAUUCAGUUCACCUAACAUUGCCAAAAAAUUUCACGUUGGACAUUUGCGUUCCACCAUCAUAGGAAAUUUCAUAGCAAAUCUCAAAGAAGCUUUAGGACAUCAAGUAACUAGAAUAAAUUACCUUGGAGACUGGGGCAUGCAGUUUGGUCUUCUGGGAACUGGCUUCCAACUGUUUGGCUAUGAAGAAAAACUCCAGUCCAAUCCUUUACAACAUCUCUUUGAAGUUUAUGUACAAGUUAAUAAAGAAGCAGCAGAUGAUAAGAGUGUAGCAAAAUCAGCACACGAGUUCUUCCAGCGAUUGGAACUGGGUGAUGUGCAAGCACUUGGACUAUGGCAAAAAUUCCGGGAUUUGAGUGUAGAAGAGUACAUUCGGAUUUACAAGCGUCUAGGAGUACACUUUGAUGAAUACUCAGGAGAAUCAUUUUAUCGUGAAAAAUCUCAAGAAGUCUUAAAGAUGCUGGACAGUAAAGGACUCCUACAGAAAACAGUAAAAGGAUCAGCUGUAGUGGAUCUUUCUGGGAAUGGCAACCCCUCUGCAAUUUGUACUGUAAUGCGAAGCGAUGGAACUUCUCUCUAUGCAACCAGAGAUCUUGCAGCUGCUAUAGAUCGAAUGGACAAGUAUAAUUUUGAUACAAUGAUUUAUGUGACAGAUAAAGGGCAACAAAGGCAUUUUCAGCAAGUGUUCCAAAUACUGCAGAUCAUGGGAUACGACUGGGCAAAAAGGUGCCAACACGUGCCCUUUGGGGUAGUACAGGGAAUGAAGACUCGAAGAGGCGAUGUUACUUUUUUGGAAGAUGUCUUACAUGAGAUUCAAUUAAGGAUGCUACAGAAUAUGGCUUCUGUUAAGACUACGAAAGAGCUCAAGAACCCACAGGAGACUGCGGAGAAGGUCGGGCUCGCAGCACUUAUUAUUCAGGACUUCAGAGGUUUACUCUUAUCUGACUAUCAGUUCAGCUGGGAUCGUGUUUUCCAGAGCCGUGGGGACACAGGUGUCUUUCUGCAGUACACACAUGCCCGCCUCCACAGUUUGGAAGACACUUUUGGGUAUGGUUUUCUAGAUGGCUUCAACACUGCUUGUUUACGAGAGCCACAAUCUGUUUCAAUUCUCCAGCAUCUUCUCAGGUUUGAUGAAGUGCUUUACAGAUCAUCCCAGGACCUUCAACCCAGGCACAUUGUCAGUUACCUCCUAACUCUAAGUCAUCUUGCAGCUGCGGCACACAAAACACUACAAAUAAAAGGGAGUUCUCCUGAAGUCGCUGGGGCCAGACUUUAUCUUUUCAGAGCUGUCCGUUCUGUCUUAGCCAACGGAAUGAAGCUUCUCGGAAUAACACCUAUGCCUUGUACCCCUAAGAGAACUUCCACUUACUAAAGUUGAAGACAGUCUUCAGUUGUAGAAAGAAACUAGUAACUUUCAGAAAGUCAUUUACUAGAGUUCCACUUCCUACCGCUCUUUAGGAAAAUAACUGAUUAAAGAAUACAACAUUUUUUAAAAUCAGGUAUGUACCUUAACACUUAACUUUUACCAAACUAAAAGUUAUAAGUCAAGUAUACUUUUUGCCCUAUUUUAAUUAUCAAUUAUCAGUAAAAAUACUACUCCCUCUAAUUCCUAUCACUGACAAUGGGAGUGUAUGCAACAGGAUUAAAAAACUUUUAUGACACUUCCGCCAAGAUGGAGGCAUAGGUGGAAGCACUGCCUUCUCACACGACUAAGUUUAGAAACAACAAAGUUUUAACGACAAAAACGCAGCCAAACCACAGAAAAUUGAACUUCACGGACGUCUGACAACAACAAACCCUUCAGCCAAACCAGUAAGAGGGGCAGAGCCAGCAGCAGAGCAGGGUCGGGCAGGAAAGACCCACCGGACACACCCAGGCAUGCAACCCAGGUGUGCCAGCAGUUGUGGGCGGACCCACUGAGGGCUGAUUGCGGUCACACAUUUGUGCCCAAAUAAACCAGUGAAGGAGCAAGCAGUGAGAUGGACCGCGAAGGCCCAAGCGGCCAGAAGCGGCAGAGGGAACCCGCCACUGUCCCUUUCUGACCCCACCCCCACAUACAGCGUCACAAACCAGUGACCUGGGUGGCCCCGCCCCAGUGAACAACUAAGGCUCUGCUCCUCAUACAUAACAGACAGGAACAGAUCAAAACAUGGCUCAAGAACAACUCAGAGCCCCAGAGCCGAUAAACCUAAGUGAACAAGAAAUUGCCAAACUUUCAAAUGCACAGUUCAAAACACUGGUGAUCAGGAUGCUCACAGAACUGGUUGAUUUUAGUCACAAAUUAGAGGAACAUAUGAAGGCUAAACUAAUUGAAAUGAAUGGAAAUGCACAGGAAACCAAUAGUAAUGGAAAGGAAACUGGGACUCAAAUCAAGGGAAUGGACCAGAAGGAGGAAAAAAAUGACCAAACAGAAAAGGAUGAAGAAAUAAGAAUUCAAAAAAAGGAGGAGAGGCUUAGGAACCUCCAGGACAUCUUUAAAUGUUCCAACAUCCAAAUUAUAGGGGUACCAGAAGGGGAAGAGGAACAGCCACAGUGGAAAACUUAUUUGAACAAAUAAUUAAGGAGAAUUUCCCCAAUCUGGCAAAGGAAAUAGACUUCCAGGAAAUCCAGGAAGCUCAGAGAGUCCCAAAGAAGUUGGACCCAAGAAGGAACACACCAAGGCACAUCAUCAUUACAUUAGCCAAGAUUAAAAUCAAGGAGAGAAUUCUAGAAGCAGCAAGAGAUAAGGGGACAGUCACCUACAAAGGAGUUCCCAUCAGACUGUCAGCGGAUUUCUCAAAAGAGACCUUACAGGCAAGAAGGGGCUGGAAAGAAGUAUUCCAAGUCAUGAAAUCCAAAGACCUACAUCCAAGAUUGCUCUAUCCAGCAAAGCUUUCAUUCAGAAUGGAAGGACAGAUAAAGUGCUUCUCAGAUAAGAUCAAAUUCAAGGAGUUCAUCAUCACCAAGCCCUUAUUAUAUGAAAUGUUAAAGGGACUUACCUGAGAAAAAGAAGAUAAAAAAGAUGAACAGUGAAAGGACAGCAAACUCACAGUUAUUAACAACCACACCUAAAACAAAAGCAAACUAAGAGGACAGCUAGAUCAGGAGCAGAACCACAGAAAUGAAGAUCACAUGGAGGGUUAGCAACAGGGGAAUGGGAGGAGAAAGGGGGAGAAGGUAUAGAAAAUAAGUAGCAUAGAUGGUAGGUAGAAAAUGGAUAGGGGGGAGGGCAAGAAUA